AUGGCAACGCGCAAGAAGUAUCACCGAAUUAGUGUCUCCUCUGGGGAGGAAGAUAUCGAUAGGCCAUUUGCCUUGCUUAUGGAUAUCUUGAAACGACCUAACUUGGGUAAUUACGUGCGUCAUGUCGAAUGCUGCACCGCAACAUGCAUGCGCAUGGACUACAAGGAAGUCGAGUCUCAGCGAGACUUGAGCAAUGAGGAGAUGAAUCUCGUGCGAAGUGCGGUGAGAAAAGGUGGUUUCACAGCCCAGGAGGAUCGAGUGGUCAAUAUGCUUACGCAGAGGAUGGAUAAAACGGCAACAUUUGCCUAUUGGCAUCGCGAGAGCCUCGGUACAUUCAUCAGCCAAGCGCUGACCGCUAUCCUGAUUGUGGUAUCGCCGAAUGUUGUGUCGAUGGCUAUGACACAUCCAUCUGGCAUGAGCUCCAACCGCGUAAUCGACUUCCCGCUUGCCGAGAUCCUUCGUCAAGCUAACGCCAGUCCCGAAAACAAGCCAUAUCUUCGCAACCUCCGCAGUGUUUAUCUCAUCAACAAGAGCGACGAUUCCUGGGCUGAUAGUCGUUUCUAUCAGGCAAUGGACUUUUCUGGCUGCCUGACGCUAUUUGACAAUCUUCUGUCGAUUGAAUCCGUCCGCGUUGAUGUAAUGGAGGAGGAUAAAAACGGAACUCCUGAAUUCAAAGAGAAAUGUUCCAAUAUCAGCAAGAUCUCCAUCCAUCAUUCGUCGGUUAGUUCUCUCUACCUUGCGGGUCCGAUAUGGUCGUGCAAGGUCCUCAGGGAAUUUCAGUAUUCUAUCGGAGGUAGAGCGAGCCGUGAUGGGGGAUCUCCUACAUUCAAUCCCAAAACGUUCAUCAAAGUCCUUUGCGCACACAAGGAAACUCUAGAAAUUCUUGAUGUCGACGUGGAAAAUGAAAUUUAUACAUUCGAAAUGGUUGAUGAGGAAGAGAGAGACAUUCAACUCAAUGAACACGGGGGCCUUAAUGAAACCAGAAUCAGCGAUGAAAUCACUAGAUUCUACAAAUUGAUAUGGACAUAUGGUGGGUCACUGAAAGAAUUCGUGGCCUUGAAACGGUUGAGCUUGGGGAUAAACUUUCUGUUAUACUUUGCCGCUGGCUUUAGCGGAGAAUCAUACAAGAAGAGGGAAAAGUUGAAUCUGGUAGAAUGUCUACCAGUUGGGCUAGAGUACUUGUGUGUUCGGGGAUACCAGAAGGGUGAGAACGAGGAGCACGAUGAGCAGAUGGAUGCUUUGAUGCUAUUUUACAAGUCUGGGUCAUCCCAACUGAAAGAGAUAGAGGGAAUUAAUGAAGUGAUUCCCAAUGCCCAGGAGGUUCAAGACCCCGAUAACAACGCUCAUUUGCUGUGGUCAUUGGAGGAGAUGGGGUAUGAGAGUGAUUAG